AUGUCAAUGUUCAAGUUAACUCUCGAUAAAAUUUACGAUCUCUUGGGACACGCCGACAACCCGCACCUUCGACUAUCCGCAAUCCACAUCGCUGGAACUAACGGAAAAGGGUCCACCUCGGCCUACAUUGACUUUGUUCUUCAGAAAGCAAACCUCAAGACCGGCCGAUUAAACACGCCUCACCUUUGUGAACCUCGCGACUCCAUCAGGAUAAACGGUGUGCCAAUUACUAAGGAGGAUUACCAAAAAACCUACGACGCCAUUAAGGUCAUAAAUUCCGAACACAAUAUUGAAGCCAGUUUGUAUGAGCUGCUGGUUGCCACGGCGUAUCGGUGGUUCGACGCCCAGAGGGUAGACGUGGCCGUCGUGGAAGUGGGGGUCGGAGGGCGAUUGGACGCCACCAAUGUCUUUGAUUCACCUUUGCUCAGCAUAAUUACUUCGAUUGGGUGGGAUCACGAGGACCUCCUGGGAAAUAGCAUUGAGGCCAUCUCAAGGGAGAAGGCUGGAAUCAUGAAACCGGGCUGCAAAGUGGUCGUCUCUCCGCAAGUGGAAGAAGCCGCGUUGGUCACACUGAAAAACUGCGCCGCUGAGUUCGGUUGUUCACGUUUGAUUUGCGUUGCACCUGCAGAGCGGGAUUCGCAAAAAGUCGAUCGUGCUUCGUUGAAACUCUUGGACGGUACUCCCAUCGAGUUUCACGUGCCGCUAUUGGGCGAUCAUCAGCUGAGCAACGCAGCCACCGCUGUUACGGCCAUCGAUCUAUUGAGGAAGACAGAAGCCAGAUUUUUCCACAUCACCGAUGACCACAUCAAGGAUGGGAUGGCGUCGACACGAUGGCCAGGAAGAUUGCAAUACGUCGAUGUCUCAUCUGUCGUUAACGGUGGUGUGACCGAGAAGAGACUAUUGGUGGACGCCGCGCAUAAUCCUCAAGGUGCGAAAUCACUUCGAGAUUUUGUCGACAAACUCUUGCAAGAUAAGGACGUCCCAAAAGUUCACUGGAUUUAUGCUGCCACCAAGGGAAAGGAUGUGCAGCGAUGCCUUGGUUUGUUGCUAAGGGAUGGCGAUACGAUGAUCGCCAACACGUUCUCGAAAGUUGAAGAUAUGUCAUGGGUCAAUUGCUGUGAAACGAAAGAUAUCGUUACACGGGUGAAUGAAUUGAACCGAGAGGUUAACGUCACUGCCGCGGAAAAUCUUGUGGAUGCAUUGAGGCAGGCGUACGAUAGGUGCGGGAAAGAAGGUGGAAUUGUGGUGCUGUCGGGAAGCAUCUAUUUUGUUGCAGAUCUGUUCAGAUUACUUGGGCUGGAUGUGUAA